AUGACUGAUGCACUGAAGGAGAUUGGCAUUCAAGAUGCUCCGGUUAUUACCGAACCAGUCUUAUCUUCUUCAAAAGAGAUGGCUACAUUCACAGCCCUUCCUGAGGCUAUGGAACCGGACGAUUAUAUGCGGUUCAAAAAACUUGAGAAGCAGUUGGAGCAUUUAGGUGUCAUGGAGGAGUAUGUUAAAUUAGAAACGAGGAAUCUUGAGAAAGAAUUAUUACACGCACAAGAGGAGGUUAAACGAAUACAGUCUGUCCCGCUGGUAAUAGGGCAGUUCUUAGAAGCUGUUGACCACGACCACGCUAUUGUCGGUUCUACAACAGGUUCUAACUAUUUCGUCAGAGUUUUGUCAAUCUUAGACAGAGAACUUUUGAAGCCUGGUUGUAGCGUAGCAUUGCACAAAUAUAGUAAUGCUUUAGUCGACGUCCUGCCUCCAGAAGCAGAUUCUACGAUACAGAUGCUUCGCCCAGAUGAGAAGCCUGAUGUUUCGUAUGCAGAUAUUGGUGGUCUUGAUAUGCAAAAACAAGAAGUGCGAGAAGCAGUAGAACUGCCUCUAACGCAUGGUGAAUUGUACCAACAGAUUGGUAUUGAUCCCCCUCGAGGCGUUUUAAUGUAUGGUCCUCCUGGAUGCGGUAAAACAAUGCUUGCGAAAGCAGUUGCAGCGCAUACAACUGCUUCAUUUAUUCGUGUUGUUGGAAGUGAAUUUGUCCAGAAAUAUCUCGGAGAAGGACCUAGGAUGGUUAGAGACGUUUUUCGCCUUGCUAAGGAGAACAGUCCUUCAAUCAUAUUUAUUGAUGAGAUUGAUGCAAUUGCUACUAAGCGUUUUGAUGCCCAAACUGGUGCAGAUCGUGAAGUACAGAGGAUUCUGUUAGAAUUAUUGAAUCAGAUGGAUGGAUUUGAUCAAAGCACGAAUGUUAAGGUGAUAAUGGCUACAAAUCGUCAAGAUACACUUGAUCCGGCGUUAUUGAGGCCUGGUCGUUUGGACAGAAAAAUCGAAUUUCCAAUGCCUGAUCGUCGACAGAAGCGUUUAAUAUUUUCAACUAUUACUGCGAAGAUGAACCUUUCUGAUGAAGUGGACAUGGAAGACUUUGUUGCACGGCCAGAUAAGGUUUCGGGCGCUGAUAUUAAUGCUAUUUGCCAGGAGGCUGGUAUGCACGCUGUGAGGGAAAAUCGAUACGUUGUUUUAACGAAAGAUUUUGACAAGGCUUAUAAGUCUGUGAUUAAAAAAGAUCAAAAUGAUUUCGAGUUUUAUAAGUGA